AUGGAUGCUGGGGGAGCUGCGGCGGAGGAUGUGAAGACGGUGGCGGUGGUGGAAGUUGAUCCAUCGGCGCAGGCGGUUGGAGGGGAAAGCGCUGCUGGAGGGUCGGCGGUCGCUGCGAGGACCACCGCCGUGGAGUCCUCCAUCAUCCGGUCGGUGGUCGUCGGCACGGUGGUGGCGGCAACGGCCGAUGUGGAUGCGGGCGGAGAUGCUGCCGCAGCCGUGAAGGUGGCGUCGGAUCUUGUGGAGGAGGCUUCAUCCUCCGCGGCGGUGAAGACGGUGGCGGAUCUGGUGGCUGCGCCGGCUGCCGGCGACGUCAGUGAGGUGCAGGCGGACAUGCAGAUGGAGGCUGGUGAAGGUUCCAGGAAGCGGAAGCGCGAGGAGGAGCAGCAUGUGCCUCCUCCAAUCCAGGAGCUAGAGCCUGUCCCUCCUCCAAUCCAGGAGGAGGAAGAACCUGUGCCAGCUCCACCAGUGCCAGCUCCACCAGUGCCAGCUCCACCAGUGCCAGCUCCACCAGUUCCAGCUCCACCAGUGCCAGCUCCAGCAGUGCCAGCUCCACCAGUGCCUGCUCCACCUGUCCCUGCUCCACCUGUGCCUGCUCCACCAGUGCCUGCUCCACCUGUCCCUGCUCCAUAUGAGGAGUUGCAGGAUUCAGAUGGCUCCCUGGAGUAUGACUCCCAGGAUUCAGCCGAGUCCGUGGACAGCAGGAACAUUGGAUCCUUCAAGACCAAGCUGCUGUAG